CUCUAAUAGGAAACGCGGGAGGGCUAACUUAUGUCCGUAACAGUGCACAUAACCAGCUCAAAUGUGCUCACAUCUAUUUCAUUACCCCUGUCUCCUCCACAUUCAGCCGGUUAUACGGGGCGGCAGCUGAAUAAGUCAGGUAUUCUUUUCCCAUACACUGUACGGAAAAUCCAUUUGCUCUACAUGGUGUGUGCGAAGCUUUUUCUCGAAUCUGCCAUGUUCUAGUCCCGUUGUUUCGAUAUAUUGCAGAUCCAAACUUCUGGAAACUCUUUUUUGUCGUAUCUGAUGCAACUAGACAUUUUGACGUUUCUCACCCGACACAUUGGCACAAUAAACUUCAAGUAUUGUCAUUGCGCGCACCAAUUAUAAAAAAUGGAUAUGUCAUCAAUGUCAGGUAUGGACAUGUCGUCGAUGUCCAUGUCUAUGACCAUGGAUAUGUCCUCGACGGCGACAGUAACUGGCGCAGCGCCAACAUCUACAGGAAUGUCUAUGGAUAUGGGAGGGAUGUCGAUGGGAGGCGACUCUUGCAAGAUUUCCAUGCUUUGGAAUUGGUAUACUAUCGACUCCUGUUUCCUAGCCUCAUCAUGGCACAACACCAGUUCCGGAAUGUUCGCCGGUUCCUGUAUUGGCGUUAUCUUAUUGACCAUGACACUUGAGCUUCUGCGACGGACCGUGAGGGAAUACGAUCGAUAUCUUAUCCGAAAGCACACUUCAACAUUUGUCCUUGCCCCAGCAGCUACUUCAAGUACUAGUGACGAUAAGACUGCUACAGCGAGACCAACAUCCCUUCAACAAAAUGCGGUACAAUCAGGAGGCUUUAGACCGACCAUCCUAGAACAGGCAAUUCGGGCGCUACUGCACAUGGUGCAAUUCGCGGUUGCAUAUUUUAUUAUGUUGCUCGCUAUGUAUUAUAAUGGGUACAUCAUCAUCUGCAUAUUCAUCGGGGCUUACCUCGGUGCGUUUGUAUUCCACUGGGAACAUCUAGACACAGGACGUCGUGCGACUAGUGCCACACAAGAGCCAACAGUAUGUUGUGCGUAGUUUCGGUAUUCUAGACCAGCCAUUUUGUAGGCUAAGUGCCACGACAUCAGCUCGUCAUACGGGCAUUCGGGUGCUAUACCAAUGAACUUUAGGGACGGGGUUACUGGUAUCGAGAGGAUAAAUUGGGAUAGGAUAUGUGAGAAAUAUUUGCUUAGAUUUUAUGACGUCUCUACCUCAGUCUGACAAGUCCUUUUCGGCGUCGUUCCGCUUACAACUCACCUAAGUACUCAUGAAAUUGGCCAUUAUUUCUACCUUGUGCAAAAUAUAGUUCUUCUUUCCGAGUCUUGUCCGAAUAUUUUAUUGCGUAGUAUUCAUAUUUUUAAUAAAUAAUUUGGUAUGCCCUCUGUGA